AUGGCGGCCCGGGUGCUGAGGCCGCUCUCCAGGCUGAAGCCGUUCAACAGACUGCAAGUAAUAUUACAACAUUUGAAAAUGUCUAAGCAUACAGAUUCGACAGCUGAAGUGUUGUUGGAAAAGAAAGGAGGUGCGGGAAUAAUAACUUUGAAUAGACCCAAGGUUCUCAAUGCACUAAGUUUUUCUAUGAUCCAACAAAUUUAUCCACAAAUAAAGACUUGGGAGCAAGAUCCUGAAACUUUUCUAAUAAUUAUAAAGGGAACUGGAGGAAAAGCUUUUUGUGCUGGGGGUGACAUCAGAGCCAUCGCAGAUGCAGGAAAAGUUGGAGAUAGACUGGCAGAAGAUUUCUUCAGAGAAGAAUAUAUCUUGAACAAUGCCACUGGCACUUGCAAGAAGCCAUAUGUGGCACUUAUUGAUGGCAUUACAAUGGGAGGGGGAGUUGGCCUCUCAGUCCAUGGGCAUUUCCGAGUUGCUACAGAAAAGACACUUUUCGCAAUGCCGGAAACAUCAAUAGGCCUCUUUCCUGAUGUAGGUGGAGGAUAUUUCUUGCCAAGACUAUCAGGAAAGCUUGGCUAUUACCUUGGACUAACAGGAUUUAGGCUGAGAGGAAGAGAUGUACUAAAAGCUGGCAUCGCUACACAUUUUGUAGAAUCCGAAAAGCUACCUGCCUUAGAGAAAGACCUGAUAGCACUGAAAUCUCCUUCAAUGGAAAAUAUUGCAGACUUACUGAACUCUUACCAGGUGAAGAGCAAAGUUGAUCAGGAAAAGGAGUUUGUACUUGAUGAACAUAUGGAGAAGAUUAACAGUCUUUUUUCAGCAAAUAGUAUGGAAGAAAUUGUUCAAAAAUUAAAGCAAGAUGGUUCACCUUUUGCCAUGAAGCAGCUAGAGACUAUUAAUAAGAUGUCACCUACAUCCUUAAAGAUGACUCUCAGACAGCUCAGAGAAGGAGCUUCCAUGAGCUUACAAGAUGUGUUCACAAUGGAAUACAGACUGAGCCAAGCAUGCAUGAGAGGCCAUGACUUCUAUGAAGGGGUUCGGGCAGUGCUGAUUGACAAAGACCAGUCCCCCAGAUGGAAGCCAGCUGCUCUAGAAGAAGUCAGUGAUGAAUUUGUGGACAAUUGUUUUAAGCCAUUGGGAAACAACGAUCUCAAGUUGUAAAGAUCAAGCCUAUUGACAUCUUAUACAUCUGCUUAAUUCUACGAUGUAAAAAUUUAUAGUAGUGUGAUAAGUUUGACAAGACUCUUUUAGCUAGCCUGAGAGUCGUAAGUCUAAUUUUUUGCAUUCAAGAAUGUUCUCUUUUGUUACGCUGCCAUAAUGACAAAAUAAUCAUAUCUCUGGUUAAUAAGGGGAAAAAUUACUUCAAGGCAAAUAACUAUCUAUCUGCUGCUAGAUGGAUCAU